AUGUCGAUUCGCGAGCUACUCGACCACUACACCCUGUUCGGCAAGUCCAAAUCCCUCAUCAUCGACAGAUUCUUCCAGGGUGUCGGCAUCGCAGACUUCCGCAUCCUACGCGGAUUAAAAGUCAAACACAACAUCUACAGAUACUGCAGUAUGUGGCACUACAAUACUGUCCUUGUCAUCGAAAUGAUCCCCAUUCCUGGGGGCCAGAUGCUCUGGAUCUGGUUGCGCGAUAUUGAACGCUUCAAGGGCACUGAGUUUUCUGAUCUCACAACUGUAACUGAAGUACCGGGAUACUACGAAUUCGUGAUGGGGUGGAAGGAUGUAUGGUUAGGGCUCGUUAAUGCGAUAUCGUACGAACUUCCGCAUAAAUUGGGUCGGCUAGAGAGCCAUCCGUUUGCCAACGUGUUAGCCAAAGCGAUCGAUGCUAAGAAAGGGCUGAGUCUGACGGUGUUGUUUAGUGACCCAUUUGCCAAGCAUACGUGA